AUGAACACCAGCUCCGAUUCCGAUUCCAAUCCCAGUUCCAGCCUAAGCUAUUCGAUCUACGCCAGCUACCUGGAGCACUCGAGGAUCGACAUGCAGGGGGAGGAGGCCAAUCUGUAUGUGGCACGAGCUCUCCGGCUGGUCAUCGAGAAUGUGCUGGCCCAGCUGAGCACCACCCUGGUGGUGGCCAUUUCCACGCGCCACCUGGGCACCGCACACUGGUUCGAGUACAUGAUGAACAACCUGAUGGACUCGUGGCGCAUGGUGGCCGUGCAGCUGAUACGCAUCCGUCCGGAUCUGGUGGCCCAUCCGGUGGUGGGCAGGAAGCGCGUCAGCCUGCUGAUGGUGGACUCCUAUCAGGGUUUGCUCGACACCAACAUCACGGCCAACAAUGCGGACUUCGAUGAUCCGGACUACUACUUCAUCUUCCUGCAGGCGCGGGACCACCUCAUUCCCGAGCAGCUGCAGCUGAUCCUCGACCACUGCCUGGCUCACUUCUGGCUGCACUGCAACGUGAUGAUCCAGACCGCCCAGGUGGAGGUGCUGGUCUACACCUAUUAUCCCUACACGGCGGACGCCUGCCAGGCGGCUCAUCCCAUUGCGGUCAACACGUUCGAUGGCCGCCAGUGGAAGGCGUCCCCGAUGUUUCCCGACAAACUCAGCCAGAUGCACGGCUGUCCACUGCGCGUGCUCACCUGGCCCGAGCCGCCGUUCGUGGAGUUGGACUGGGAUCCGCAGCACAAUCGCAGCCGGGGCAGUGGCUUCGAGAUGAAGCUGGUGGAGCAACUGGCUCGGCGCAUGAACUUCAGUCUGGAGCUGGUCAACAUGGCGCUGCUGCGCCCACACGCCUAUCGCCUGGCGGAGGGCGCCAGCGAAGGACCCAUCGAAAGGCUGCUGCGGCGCAGUGUGAACAUCAGCUUGGGCUACUUCCGCAGCACGGCGCGCCGGAAUCAGCUGCUCACCACGCCCAUGUCGUACUACUCGGCCAACCUGGUGGCCGUGCUCCAGCUGGAGCGCUAUCGCAUCGGUUCGCUGGCGCUCCUCGUAUUCCCCUUCCAGCUGUCCGUUUGGAUGCUCCUGCUGCUGGCACUGCUGGUACACCUGGGCAUCCAACUGCCAUCCUCCGGGCGGCGGAGGGGGAAUGAAGGAGGAGGAGGAUUGCAGGUGGUGGCCCUGCUCUUGGGCGCCGCCUUGUCCCGACUGCCACGCCCCUGGAGGCAUCGCUUCAUCGCCGCCCACUGGCUGUGGGCCAGCAUACCCCUGAGGAUCUCCUAUCAGUCCCUGCUCUUUCACCUGAUCCGCCUGCAACUGUACAGCACACCGUCGUUUUCGCUGGACCAGCUGCUGGCGGAGGGAUUCCAGGGUAUUUGCACGGCGAAUACGCAGCGCUUGCUGCUCGAGAUGCCACAGGUGGCCCGUGAUCCGGAUAGCUUUCACUCCCUGGACACACCGUCCGAUUGGGACGUACUGGAUGUACUGACGCGGAAUAGGAAUCGCAAGAUAUUCGCCGUGGCCAAUCAGGAUGUCACCACAUCCUUUCUGCACUCCACCGCACAUCCCAAUGCGUUUCACGUGGUCAAGCAGCCCGUGAAUGUGGAGUACACUGGCAUGUACAUGCCCAAGCACUCGUUCCUGUACGAGAAGUUGGACGACGACAUUCGGCGCCUGGAUGCCAGCGGCUUCAUACACGCCUGGCGACGCGCCUCCUUCGCCUCCGUCCAUCGCAGGGAGCAGGUGCGUCUGACCAGCCGGCGGUACAUCAACCAUGCCAAGCUCUCCGGCAUCUACGUGGUCAUGGCGGCUCUGUACCUUCUAGCUGCUCUCGUGUUCGCCGGCGAGCUGCUACUUCGGCAGCGGAACUAG